CAUUUAUUUAUGUCAUAAUGCCAAAAAAAAACAUGUUCAGAUACCAUAAUGCACUUACAUGCAUCGAUUGUAUCCAUUAAUCUGUAAAUCUAGGACAAAUCUGACAGGUUGUGUACAUGUAUGAAACGGGGUAGAGGAUUUCGAAUAUUUUGGUCGUUAAUAGGCUCGGUUAAAUAACACUAUUAAAAUGUAACCAUUUCAAUGCGCUGAACGCUAACGUGUUUGAUGGGUCAAGUUGGGAGAAGUUGAUGAUGAUGAUGUUCGUGAUGAUGAUGAUGAUGAUGAUGAUUAGGUAUCACCAUUUUUGAACACUGUUGCGUUGCUCUGCACAAUACAUAGAAAAGGGAGGAUAACUGUGACUGCGCACAGGGUUAACCAUCAUUGACGGAUGGGUACAAAUUUAUUCGAUAAAAAUCAACAUGUAUAAAAAUGGUGGACUGCUACGCCCAUUUCGUGACCCAGAGUAUAUUUAUGUGAAAAUAACGACUCUAACGACAAAUCCAACCCAGUUAAAAUCACUGUUAGGUCGUUUCACACUGGUUUGUUGUAUCGAUCCCGUUACGCACACUAACAUGUAGGUUUUGACCUCUACAACCAUAUGUUAACCACGAUUGUGCGACGACCAUCUCAUCAUGAAGUUCAAAUAAUAACAGUCUUCUGAUAGAAGCAUAGAAAUUGCCCUAUGCUUAAGAACAAGAUGGCAUGGUUCAGUGAAUUUAUUAAAGACCAUGAUGUCCAAAACUGGAUCAAGGCAAUGUACGCGCUUAAAAUUACCAAAAAGGGAAUGCAUGAAUUCGUUAAAGAUGAACUCAGGUGUGUCCACAAGGUCAUUUACACUGAAUCUACCAAAGGUCUUCCUGAAGGGUCAAAUUGCAAAGAUUGUUCCACUAAAACCUUAAAAGAAAAAGAAAAAAAGCAGUGUCCAAAUAAUAUAUGUCACAAUGUUCGUCAGGAAAUAAUUCAACAACACCGACAUUCGAAUCCAUCGUGGAUUAACACGAAUGCUGACCAAUGGUGGGAAAGCUCUUGGGAGAUUGGCAAGUGUUUUCUCCCUCGUAGUGGCUACAUGGACAAGUCUUCCAUCGAAGAAUGCGACUUUAAUGGCGUAUGCAGUGUGCUCAGCAAUUGCAAGCAUUUCGAGGGCAAACUGUCAUUUGACAUAUCAAAGAAGCCAAACAUUUUGACAGAGAUCCUAGACAUUGUAAAUGAUGAUAUGCGACACUCCGCAAGUCUGAAGGUAACCAACGCUCAAUUGAAGGUGUUACUGGAUAAACUAAGGAUGCUUCUCCGGGAUUCAAAAGAACUUGCGAACAGAGACGAGGCAAAAAAAGCCAUUGAGGAGCUUGAUAAUGUCCAGAAAGAUGAUUUCAUUCCGAGUUCAGAGGAGACAGAAUCAAUUCUGAAAGAGGAUCUUCGACUACGUUUGGCGAGCCACUACCGAGACAACCUUGCAGACAUGCCGAUAUCUCCUAUUCUUCCAGACAGGGACGCCAAUCUCAGCAUGUUUUACGUGACGCCACAAAUCGUGGAAAAGAACCAUAGAACGCCUGAGAUUGCUGGUAAAAUAGUUACCAGAUACGAAGAUGUGUUCGGUACAGAGUUCAAGAAAAACAACAUAUUCCUCGUAGGAGAGCCGGGCAGGGGGAAAUCAACAUUCUCAGCCAACUGUGCCCUAGAAUGGAGCAGGCGUCAUGUUCGAAUGGACACGAAAGAAACCAUGCGCGACACCACUUCCUUUAUCGAUACAGACUAUUUUGAAAAUGUUGAGUUUAUAUUUCACAUUAAAUUGAGAGAUGCUUGUGAGUUCUGUGAUCUUAACGAAAUCAUUAAGGAUCAGGUUAUAGCUCAGAUAUACCAACCAAACGAUGUUGACACUGGCUACGCAAUAGCACAGAAGGUGCUCGAAAGCAACAACUGCAUCAUCAUCGAAGACGGUCUAGAUGAAUGGAACCAUCCAAAGGACAGCCGAUGUCGUUGUCGUAGUGACGAGAAAGGCAUUCUACCGUUUCGAAACUCCGCAAUAAAAGCGAAUGUUUUAAUCACAACACGGCCAUGGCGAUUAUCUCAGCAUCGCGUUAAGGAUUCAAAAAUUCAUAAAUACCUAGAUAUCAACGGAGUCAGAGACUACCAUGAGCUUGUCAAGAGUGUUUUGUCUGUCAUGAACGGCGAAACCGGAACCAAGCGUUCUGAAGAUUUCUUUACGUACGUGUCCCAGCUACACAUAUAUCAUCUUCUGUACGUUCCAAUCAUCUCAAUGCAGCUUGUUUGCAUGUGGUUUGACGGUCUGACAUUCAGUGGUUCGCUCUGUGAUAUAUAUGCGGCCAUGAUUGAUAUGCUGUUCGGACGUUGUUGCGGCCUCUCGGUCACUUUGAUUCAAUUAGACGAAAACAAAAUGCCCGAUUGUUUUUCAAACAAAGAAAACGUCAUGAACAAACACCCAGUUUUUAUCAAGCUGUGUCGUUUAGCGUUCUUUACUCUGUUCUCGCGAGAAGACAAAUCCGCGGUUGUCUUCGAAGAAACUACAGUCAAGAAAGAAAUGCUCGAGGAUGAUAAAAUUGUGUCUUUGAAAUCAGGAAUUCUAACUGAAAGAAAAUCAAAUUCAUAUGGCCGAAAGUCUUCACAUUUCUCUUUCAUCCACAAAACGUUCCAAGAAUUCCUUGCCGCAGUGCAUCUUUUCUUAAACGAAGACGAAUACGAAAAAACAGUGAAAAGUCGAUACAUUGGUGACGCUGGAGGAAAUGUAUUGGAUAUUUCACAAGUGUUUAUUUUCAUAUGUGGAAUUAAACCAGAUCUGGCAAUUCAAAUGUCUUCUUGGAUUGGAGAAAGAAUUUCCAAGACCUCUCUCAAAAUCUCAUGGAUGAAUCGUUACGAGUACGAGAUUUCCCGCCCUGAUGACAGCACCAUUGUGUCACUACAGAGUAUGAUUUUAUCCGGGUACCGUGAAGCCCAAAACAACAACCACGGUGACAUCCCUUUAACUCUCACGAACUUCUUGAUUCUCCGUGACACGGAUAAAGAUAGCAUUUUUAAACAGCUAAUUCGAAUAAACAAAUGCCGUGUUCAGUCACUAUGCAUCACAGAUGGCAAUUGCGCAAUCAGCGAGGAGGAGCUACAAGAGGUGUUUACCUCCUCCUCCGACUCCCUCACAUCAGUGGAACUGAAUUACAGUAUUGGGCAGUAUGACUUGUCCCUGUGUCACAGGCUGAAUCAUCUAGAAAUAAUGGGAAACAUUACUACAAGUGUAAAUGUGGAUACAACAAAUCUAACAAAGUGUGAACUAAACAGUGUGUCAAGGAAUGUUGAAUAUAAUAUUAUGCGUUCGUUAAACUGUUACGAUAGGGUGAGUAAGCUACAAUACCUUUCUUUUUUUUGUGUAAGAUAUACCAAGAUACUCUGCAAAACACUACCAAGGCUGGCUCAGUUACAAUACAUUUAUAUACACGGGGCAGAUCUCCGUGAGCUCCAUUUCCUCCCUCCAGAUUCCAUCACCCGUAUUAAACUGGUCGAUGUGACAAUGACAGCGGAGGCGUUGAGGAAGCUGGUGAAGCUGAUGGAGAAAAUAACACACACCGUGAAAUGUUUGUUACAUAGUUGUUAUUUGAAACCUGUCAGUGAUGUGAAAAAAAUAAGACGGUAUGUGCAAGAUUCAAAUGUAUUUACUCUUGAAACGUACGAACGGAAAAGAGAAUUGAAAGAAAAAUUUAAAAGACUCAAUUUUGUUUUUAAAUCAGAUGCAAAGUAACGACUCUAUAAGGAACACAAACACAAGACCGUAUUCAUUAAACGCCUUUGUGGCCAUUUACAGCAGAGUGAAAUCUUUUUGACAAUAUGUUUUUGAAUACACUCUACCGAAGAACGACAUUUAUCAUAUGAGUUUGUAACUUAAAUAAUUUCCUAAUUUUUGGAUUAUUUAUGUACAAUUAUUUAUAUUUUUCUGCAAAUUAAACAUACAAAAAAAAUACAAUUUUAAAGUGAAUGUUGGCUUAAAGUACUACUACGUUAUUGCUCUAAGAAUUCACAGCUCCCAGAAAUCAUUGACCAACAAAUCACAACCCGCAGAAAUCAAAGCCCACAUAACAAACAGCCUCCAGAACUCAAAAUCCCCAAAACUCACGGCUUCUAGAACUAACGAUCCCCAUAAUUCACAGCCCCCAAAAUUUAUUACCCCCCCCCAGUACUCAUUGCCCCCCCCCCCCCAUCAAUAAUUCACAUCUCCCUGAACACCCAGAACUCAAGGUCCCCACAAAUCAUUGUCCCCAGAAUUCAUUGUCCGCAGAACUCACAUCUCGAAGAACUCACGCCUCCAGAACGCAUUGCUCCCAGAGCUCAUUACCCCCAAACUCGUUGCCCCAGAACUAAUUGCCCAAAGUACUCAUUGCCCCCUAAGAAUACAUUGCUUCCAGAAGUCAUUGCCCUCCAGAACACACAGCCCCCAGAACUCACGGCUCCCAGAACGAAUGGCCCCAGAACUCACAGUCUCCAGAACUCACAGCCCCCAGAACACAUUGCUUCCAGAAGUCAUUGCCCCCAGAACUCAAUUCCCUCAGAACUAAUUGCCCCCAGAACGCAUUGUCCGUAGAACUCACAUCCCGAAGAACUCACGCAAUGUCAAACUCGAGAUUAAUGGUUCAAAAUCCCUUUUUUGUGGCGUGUGUUACAUGGUGAUGCAUGCUGUUAAUUAAAACAACUAAAUACAAAGUUCAAAGUUUAUUGGCAAAGAUCGGCAAACAAAUGCCUAUGGCCAUUAAACACAUAGUCAUGGUGAUAAUAUACACAAAUAGAAACACACAAAAAUUCAGUAGUACAGUACAGAACAUAAUACAAAAAAAAAAAAAAAACAAAGCAAAAAAAAAAAAAAAAAAAAAAAAAAAAAAAAACAUAAUAAUACUUGAUUUAUACUUAAUUAUUUCAGUAAAUUUUAGAAACAGUUAAGGUUCCAGGGUAGAUUUUCUUAAUUCCAUUGCAAAUUUGAUAAAUCUUACAGUAUUAAGUAACUUACUAGUUGAUUUGUUUAGUAAAACAGAUUUUAACAUAUUUACAGAAGGCCAGGAGGUGUUGCCUAAGUAAGUUUGUCUCAAUCUAUUGUAUAGUGUACAACAUAACAUAAAAUGAUACUCGUCUUCUAUCAUAUUUGAAGAACAACAUUUACAUUUUCUGUCAGCUCUGGUAGUACCAAUAUAUCUACCAGUUUCAAUUUCAAGAUUAUGUGCUGAUAAUCUAAAACACGUCAUAUAUUUUCUUAGCCUAUCAUUUUUAAUUUGUACAAGAUAAUUUUCAAAAGAUAUUUUUUCUUUAAGUUUACAACACAGUGAAAGUUUUGGCAUACUAUUUAUAGAAGCAUUCCAUUCUUGAAUAAACUGAUCACGAAUUCUACAUUUAAGUAAAGGAAGAUAAUUGAUGUUUACAUCGAAGUUUAGUCUUAUAUCCAUAAAACCAAGAUGAUCAAUAAUGGAAUUUAUUCUCUUUGCCCAAGAAGAAUUAUUUAUAUUAGCAUUCAAAUCAUUAUAUACCAUAUGUAUUGGUGAAUUAACAUUUUUCUUUACUUUUAACCAAAAUUUAACAGAUCGUUCCUUGCAUAAAAUGGAUAAAGGAAAUCUGCCAAGCUCACCAUAUACAGCAGCGUUAGGGGUUUGUUGCUUUACACCUAAAAUAUACUUAAGAAAUCUAAUGUGUAGCUUGUCAACUUCCUUAAAGUUAUAUACCCCCCAUACCUCUGAACCGUACAGUAAAAUUGGAACAACCAUAGCGUCAAACAAAGACAAUUUGGUUUUAACAUCGAGAUGAACUUUGUCAAACAAUGACAAGAGACUAUGGUAGGCCUUUAGAGCUUGAUCAUUUAGCAUUUUUACUGCAUGUGACAUACUGCCUGUAUAAUACAAAUACUCUCCAUAUGUAGAAAAUGUGUAUACAAGAUUCUUCUCUAUAUUUGUCAAAGGUCAAGAUGAAACUCACGAGUUAUGGGUCAAGAUCCCUUGUUUUAUGGCUUGGUCGGGCGGUAACCGGGCUAUGCAUUCAUGAUUAUAAAAUAUAUUCAGACACCACGAGAAGAUGGCAGGUUGGGUGUAAAACAUAUGAGUGUAGGUCAAAGAUCCAGGUCACACUUAAGGUCACUCCUUUUUACUUUUUGGUUUACAAGAAUUUUUGGAAAAAAUGUCCACCGGGUGGUCGAAAAAAAGAAGGAAAAAAGUCACAAAACAUACUCUUAAAGGGUGAAAAUCAGAGAACAACAUAAAAACAUUGAAAAUUUAUAUCAUUUACUUGACAUUUUAAUUUUUGAAACUGCUAUUAAUGCAUGUUUUAAUACACUCAAAGUUUCAAAUAUCCAAUUAAACACACAGUUUAAAUCUUACAUACUGUGCAUAUAAAACAUCAAUGAAAUUGAAUAUAAAACAUGUUUACAUGUAUAAACUACACUUUUUAUUAAAGAUACAUUGAAUAUUACUCAGCAAGACAUUUGUUUAGCUUUAAGGAAAUGCUAAAGCAAAAGUGAAUGCAGAACACUUAAAAGCUGACCGAUAUUAGAUUGAAAAAAGGGAAGGCGAAUUUUACGCAUUAAAAUACACAAAAAUUGCACUGUAUUAUGACAAUACAUUACAUUUUUUAAACAUUGUUUCAGUUAUUUCAAUAUUGGAAAAUGUCAAUAAAGUGAAAUAAUUUCCAAUUUUGUAAAUAAGGAAGUAACAUUUUAUGAAGACAUUUGAGCUUUAAUAUUGUGAAACAUGAUAAUAAUUCCUGAAAAACUAAAAACCAAACUAGACCUAGAAGUCCGGAUAUUUUCGGACCGGGAUACAUUUGUACUUACCAUGGGAUGUUCACCAAAUCCAUUUCAAAUUCAAAUCUUGCAGCAAAUUACCACAUCAGUACAUAAAAAUCACAUAGCAAAAUAAUAAAUCAAGCAUGUGACUUAACUUUAUGUACCAAUGAUAGUAACAGACAAAUCCAUAAUUAUGUAUCGGAUAUUUUCAUCUUCUCCCAACUCCGCCAUUUUGUGUAUCAUGCGUUCACAGGGUAUCUAUACUUCAUGAGUGUUUAUUUUUCAUUUUAAAGAGUAUUCCUUGGUUACAACAACAAAUCUCAUUUAUAGUGAAAUAUCAAGUUCAUUACAAAUUAAAAACGACUUAUUCAAAAUA